AUGAAUGCAGCUGGACCCGCAACAUCAUCGAAGAAGCGUUGCGGAACGUGCAUAGAUCGCAAAGUCAGCUGUGACCGCCGGUUCCCACGGUGUACAAGCUGCAUCAAAUCCAACCGCAAAUGUCAGGGCUACGGCCUUCGAUUGUCCUGGCCAAGGGCUAGUGAUGCCAAGAGGUCACUAAUCAGCCGAGCUGCGACGUCUCAUGGAGCCAAUAAUACUCCAAGUAGAUUCCAUAUGAUCAACGCGUCCUCAUGGGACAUCGAGGUACACAACUUCCUCGUUGCUAGGCGGAUGAUACGUCCCGUUAUGAUGUAUCCACUGCUGUGGUCAUCGUCCGGGUCAAAUGCCACCGAUCAAAGCCUCUUCCGUUUCUUUCGGGAGACUCUAAAACCGAAUCUUUCAAGUUUUAGCAGUCAACCACUGGGAGAAGCGUUGCUUCGGAUCGCACUAUCGGAGGUUUCCUAUGCUGGAAAAGCCUUACAGCAUGCGCUUCUUGCCUUUUCAGCACAGUACCGGUACGGGCCGGCAUUUCGUGCCGAGGAGCUGAAAAUCUCGGCUAUACAUGCCUUGACCUUGUCAGCUGCUGAAGGAAUGUCCGCUCACAAGGCUGUUCAGCAUGUAGCAGCCGGAAUGGUUCUUUGCAUGUUUGAGACCCAAAAAAGCUCGCACUCAACAAACCAUUGGCUAUGUUAUCUAAGUUCUUCGAGAACACUCAUUGAGAGCGUCUCGGUCGAGAAAUUCUGGAGGGUCUCAGACGCCCCUAUGCUGCUGGAGUGGGUAUCAUAUCAUGAGAUAUUGGCUCGAUUCAGUCUUCGUCAUUGGAGAAAACCCGAAGCUGAAUUACCGAGCCAGGUAAUCUGCGACACAAGGCCGUUUACUUCGCCAGAGACGAGGAAGAAGGCCCGCGUCGAGCUGUCAAUGAUUAUGGGCCAAGCCUCAUUGGAAAGCAAGCGAUUCUUUGAACCCUUGGGUCUUCUCUCUGAGGUAGUUGCGGAAAUUCUGCCUCCCGACAAUCUCGAAACCCACAAAGAGGAAUAUCGAAACAAGAUCAAAACACUCCGGGCAGAAAUUGAAAGCCUGCGGACUUCGGCAUCAUGCAGCCUGGCAGAUCUCAAAGCGCAGAAAAUCGCUGCGAAAUCCGAAGUUUAUCGACUCUCAACGCUGGUGUACCUAAGUCGCACUACCGACCAAGGCGAGCAAGAGGAUUCGGGCAUAGCUAUGUUGGUUGAACGGGGAUUGGAACUCCUCCCUGUGAUGGGUACUUGUGAGAGGCCGUUGCCGCUUCUCAUCUUCGGAUGUGAAGCUUGUACCGACGAGGAAAGACAUCGCAUCCUAGAUCUGGUUUCCAAUGCGGAAAAAACUCUUCCUGAUCGCGAGCUUCACUCUGUGAAGAAGUUGCUCCAUGCACUAUGGACACAAGAUGAUCUUCAUACUGACAGUAUUCUCAAGCCGACUUACAUAGAGAAACUAUCGACUGUUUUCAGUGCCAGCGAAUUGCUUCCUCAUUUCGCUUAG